AUGUGCAAAAACAAAUCCCACAUGUGCAAAUGGCUGACGAGGACCCUGAUCGACCGGGAAGGAAAGCAAACCAAAACCAACACGGGCGACACGCCGAGCAAAACAAGCGAAAUCCCCACCCCCGGCUCCGCUGCUGCUCGCGGCUCUGCCGCCGCGCCCGCUCCUGCGGCCCUGCCUCCAGCCUCUGCUGAUAUAUAUUCAGAUCCGAGCCCCGAGCAAGUAUCUUCCCUCUCCUCGACGUCCAGGCACCAUGGAUUGGGCUGCUCCGGCAUUGACGAGCUUCGUCGCCGACUCGUCGUCCUUCCGCCACCUCUGCUGCUACGGCGCCGGAAUCGCAGGGAACGUCUUCGCCUUCGUGCUCUUCAUCUCCCCACUCCCCACAUUCAAGCGGAUCGUCCGGAACGGGUCCACGGAGCAGUUCUCGGCCAUGCCGUACAUCUACUCGCUGCUCAACUGCCUCAUCUGCAUGUGGUACGGCCUCCCUUCGUCUCCUACGGCGUCGUCCUCGUCGCCACCGUCAACUCCAUCGGCGCCGUCUUCCAGCUCGCCUACACCGCCGUCUUCAUCGCCUUCACCGACGCCAAGCAGAGGCUCAAGGUCUCUGCUCUCCUGGCCGCUGUCUUUGUGGUGUUCGGACUGAUUGUGUUUGUUAGUUUGGCGUUGUUGGAUCACACAACCCGGCAGAUGUUCGUCGGAUAUCUCAGCGUCGCAUCCCUCAUAUUCAUGUUCGCGUCCCCCUUGUCAAUCAUCAAUCUGGUCAUCAGGACGAAGAGCGUGGAGUACAUGCCCUUCUACUUGUCAUUAUCUAUGUUUCUGAUGAGUGCAUCAUUCUUCGGAUACGGAGUGCUGCUGCGUGAUUUCUUCAUAUAUAUUCCAAAUGGUAUUGGAACCAUACUGGGUAUCAUACAGUUGGUGCUUUAUGCCUACUUCAGAAAAGGAUCGAGCGAGGAAGCCAGGCUGCCAUUGCUAGUCACACAUACAUGA